UUUUUUUUAAGCUUGUCCUAGGAAUAUGCCAAUUUUUACGGUCAACCUGUAAAUCUGCUCCUUCCCGCAUUUCAUUUAUUUACAAAACAUAUCCCACAUUAGGAACUUAGAUACAUGUACACGCUUGUAAUAUUCACGUUGACACACCUCACUCUAUAGCAUUAUUCAUUACGCUAAAUCAUAUCAAACUUGGAAAAUAAACAAAAUCCCAGUAUAUGUUAAUAGAAAAAUGUUGUGGACGUAAAGGAAAAUAAAAUGAAAUAAGAAAAUAAUUGGCAAACAUUGCAAAAUGAUUGCAGUUAUGUCGCGGACCUGAAAGGAAAAAAGUUAUGCAUAUACCGCCAACUUUAUUACGAGAUAAGGAAGUUUGUGUUCACAUUGAACCUUUUUUUCUCAGAACAGUAAAUCAUAUGUUAUUGAUAUGCUGAAUUUUAAAAGAAAAAGAAAAUGAAGACUUUUCAUUUACUUCAAUAGCUACCACAAUGAAGUUUAGAUAUUUAAAAAAUAUAAGUGCUUUUACGAAAUCCUUUUUUUGGAAAUAUUUUCUAAUUUUGUGUUUUGGUAGUAUAGCGAUCAUAUUACCGGUUUGCGUAAUUCAAGUUUCAGUACAGACGACAGAAAGUAAUGCGUACUUUCGGGAAGAAAUUAACUAUAAAGUAAGAGAUGAUUCGAACUUCGUUUCCAAACAUGCCAAUACGGACAUUGCCAAUGACUUACUGAAAGAGGUGCGAAUUAUCUGCUUAGUUAAUACCAUGUCAGACAACUACUAUAAGCGAGACGUUCACAUUAAAUACACGUGGGGUAAACGUUGUCAAAAAUUGUUGUUCCUAGGCUUACCGGAUCAUUCAGAUUAUGAUGCUAUUAAUGCAAGCGCCGAAGGUUCAAAACUUAAAGAUGCUUUUAAAUACAUUUAUAAACAUCAUGCGAAUGAUGCGGAGUGGUUUCUGCUGACAGACGAUGAUACAUAUUUUGUUAUGGAGAGUCUGCGCUUUUUGCUGCAUCCUUACCAUGCUCAAACUUCUACGUACUUUUUCAUUCAACCGGUUCAUUUAGAUGAGGGUUCCGUUACGGCUAAGGGUAGUUUUGUUCUUAGCAAACAAACUCUGCAGGCAUUGGUGGAAGUAGCAUUUCAACUUAAACAGCAAUGUAAUCUACUUAAUGAUUAUAACAAUCAAUUGAAAAAAUGCUUGCAAACUAUUAACGCAACUGUUGGUGAUACUUACGGGUUGCCUUUACUUUCCAAGGAGUGCUGUUCGCCGUAUACUAUCGCAUUUACCUUUCAGAGCCAAGACGUUAAUAUGGCUGUCAUUGAAUUUUUAUUGUAUAGGAUUCACAAGUUUGGUUUGUCCCAAGUCGUUCAAAAAUUAUCGGAAAAAUAG